ACUUCUUUCCGGACGUUGGUCAUUAUUAAAGGAUUGCUCUUUCAAUCAUGUCAACGUUGAAAUCUUCCGUGUUACAUUCCCAGAAAUAUUCAACGGAGAGAACGUUAUCGCGGAUAACAUGACAAAGGAACGGCAUCAUUCGCGCUGCUGAAUAAGGAUUUACAAGAGAUCUCGUAGGUUAUGCGAAGGUCUUUAACUGUCAAAGUUCAUACGGCAAAAUGGAGAAACACAUGCAUUUAUGGAGAGACGCUGACAAAUUGUCUUUCACAUUCGGUGACAAGCCGAACGGCAUUAUCUGCAAACUCGUUACCAUUAAGGAUCACAUUUUUGUAGCUACUACAACCAAUAAUCUAUACCAUGGGGAAGUAUCAUUCCAGAAAGAUACUUACCCCAUGAUUACUUUUAGAAGAGCUCAAUUCGAUGUCAUUGACGUAGCAUCCAAUUCUGAGCACUUGUUCAUUGUAAAUACUAUUGGACAUGUUUUGAAAGUAAAUCCUCAGGACAUGAGUGUUGUAGAUACAAUAAUUCUUAAGGAAGAGGUCAAAUAUUGUAGCCAUGGGUUUAAAGAAGAAAAUGAGGUAGUAAAAGUAAAGUCUAUAGCGAUAAGUGAUCAUGCAGCAUUAUUUGUUACGGAAAAUGGGCAGCUCUGGGCAAGUGGUAGUCAACCACAAAUAGAUAUAAAUAGUAUAGAACCAAAGAAAGUUAGAUUUUUUGAAGGAAGGACAGUAUCCGAAGUGGCUUGUGGCUCAAAUUUUAAUGUAGUUACUGUUAGAAAGACUACUAAACUUAUAAAAGAUGAUACAGACAGCGAAAAUGACCUAGAGGAAGAAGUCUUUAUUCAUUCUUGUCCACAAUGUGUUAAUAAUGUUAUGUUGAGUCCUGGCAGUGUAACAUCAUCGGAUACGUGUCCCACGGGUCUCCAUGCACAGCAAUUUAGCGAAGAUCGUUCUACCAAUUCCAUCAGUGCUCUGUCCACUGCCAGUAAAGAACACAUUCCUCUCCCAGAAAUAGACAAGAAAGAACAACCCUCUGAUAUCAUCGAAAAUGGCGAGGAUUGCCUGAAUGAUGUGACAGAUCCUGAAAAAGAUGAGAAGAAAAAUGUGAUAUUUAUAAACACAGAGACUGCCCGGCAAUUCUUAACUAGACAAUUGUCAUGGGUUUCGUCUUACGGAAGUGCCAAGGAGGAUAUACCGAUGGAAGGUGUUGAUCGGCCAACAAGAUUAAUCAAGCAAAAUGUAUCGAAUAUGGCGAACUUAGUGUAUGAAGGAGUUAAAAACGUAGGUGGUAAAGUUGUAACUUUGUCUAGACAUAUGAGCGGAAGUUCCGAUAUUAAUGAAUCUAAAGCCGAUAGCAACGAGAACUUAGAAGAGCCGGGUAAUAAUUAUACAAAGCCUACCGCGACUAGUUUAGCACUUAGCUUGCGCUGCGAAGAAUUCCCUUGGUCGUCGAGUACGGGCUCCUCCGAGCACGAGUUAUCCCAGCAAGGCUUGAAUGAGAGGAUCAACGCGUUAUCCCGCACUGGUAGCAAUAUAUUGGCGACAGAACUCUGGACUUGGGGUGAUGUGCAGUAUGGGCAAUUAGGAACGGGGGAUAUCAUUAAACGACCGAGGCCAGUGCUGGUAGCGAAGCUUAGCCACACCGGAAUCAGAAAGAUAUCAUGUGGUGCUUUCCAUAUACUUGCUUUAACAUUAGAUGGCAGAGUAUUCGCAUGGGGCCGUAAUAAUUAUAAACAGGUGACUUUGUACACCACAAUCGAUCAGAGUGCUCCUCAACUAUUCACCACCAAAUUAGCGUCAAAUGAAAGAGCUAUCAACAUGGCAGCUGGUAAUUUCCAUACUCUAGUAAUGAUGCAUCAUGGUUUAUACUUUAUGGGGCAGUCAAGCAAAGCUGGAGAUAUGUUUCAGCUCGACAUACAAACCAAGGAUGAAUCAAACAGUCCGAGAGAGAUUUUCAGUUCUGGGCAAUAUAGCUGUUGUUCUGUGAUAAACGAGCCAGCAAUAAGUGUGUCGGAAGAUUUAAUAAAUGAUCAGAUCUUUCUGGAGGAGAUGUUGACCGUUUAUCAGAAUCUAAUCAGACCGUUCCAAAAGAAGAGUGGUGCUACCCAGGAAGCUAAUGUAUAUGAAACACUGUGCCGCUGUUACGCAGAACUAAUGCACUUUAGUGUCUUAAAUAUUAUAAGCUUAUGGGAUUACUUCAACCAUGUUGGGGAAGCAUACGAGGUCGCGAUUGUUGCCAAUAUAGAAGAAUUUAUCGCAGUGUAUAAAUAUUAUUUAAAUGCUAUCUGCGAUGUUAUAUCUCUCGGUGGUUUUACGCAUAUUGCAAAACUCAUCGAAGUGCCACAAGUAGUAUCAAAUUUAUUUAUAGACAAUCUAAAAAAUAGCGAUAUAAAGAAGAAUAAUGAGAUUGUUAUAACAAUGGCAUUGCAACAUCCUCUGUGUAAACUAAACAGGUACAAAAAUAUGAUACAUAGUUUAAUAAAAAGCAAUGGCGUAAGGAUGGGUGUUGAACGAUUACAAGAGGCUCUCGUAAAAUGGGAACAGGUGCACGACGAGCAGGAGAAACGUCAAAAGGAGGCGGAAGCUACAAAGUUGUUCUGGGAGAGUUCUGGCAAGUUGGGAGAAUUGUUGAGAUCUCCUGAUAGGAGACUGAUUAGGGAAUCGAGAACCCACCCACUGUCAAUACUCAACUCUGGUAGAUUUUCAUCUCAUUGGUUUGUGUUAUUGACGGAUAUUUUCAUACAUGUUACUGGCACUACGCAUACAGUACAUCCACUUCGAACAUUAUGGGUAGAACCCUUACCAGACUCCGAAAACGUACAGAAUGCUAUAUCGAUCGUCACGCCAGAGGACAGUUUCGUAUUGUACACUCCUACUCCUUCGGAACGUAAUGAAUGGUUGCAUGCUUUGCAAAAUACCAUAAAGUGCAGUUUGCAAAGAGUGAUUGGAAAUGUGCCUCCAUUAGCGCGAUCAAGUUCGUUCUUUUUCACAAAGCAUAAUAUUUUUAAGGAUGCAACAUAUACUGGACGAUGGCUAAAUGGCAAACCGCAUGGCUCUGGAAAAUUGGAAUGGUCUGAUGGUCGCAUAUACGUGGGACAAUUUCAUAAAGGUGUUAUUCAUGGUACUGGCAAAAUGGAAAUUCCGACGCAGGGCGUGUAUGAAGGCCAGUGGAAGGAUGGCCAGCAAAAUGGAUAUGGAACUAUGAAAUAUGUCAAUGGAGAUUUUUACGAAGGAUACUUUAAAGAUGGAUUACCUCACGGCCACGGUGUCAAGAAGGAAGGUCAUUUUAUGGCAUCGAUUGCAUCUGUUUACAUUGGAGAAUGGGCUGCUGGUGUGAAACAAGGCUAUGGAAUAAUGGACGAUAUUAUGACAGGUGAAAAAUAUCUUGGAUCGUGGAGCAAUGGAAUGAAACAUGGUUGUGGUUUAAUUGUGACACUUGAUGGAAUUUAUUAUGAAGGUGUUUUUACGCAAGACGUCCUAACGGGUUACGGAGUUAUGGUAUUUGAAGAUGGUACACAUUACGAAGGUGAAUUCAAGUCUGCUGGCAUAUUUUACGGAAAAGGUACCUUAACGUUUCGAAGUGGCGAAAGGCUAGAAGGUAACAUGAACGGUGCUUGGAAUGAAGGUGUCAAAGUUAUUGCCACGUUACACAUGAAUAAAAGCGGUGGAACUGUGCAACCUAAUACAAAACCGGCAUCUUUUGGCAAAUUGUGUGUAUCCCCGGAUCAAAAGUGGAAGGCAAUAUUUAAGCAAUGCUAUCAACAGCUUGGUAUAUCCGAAGUAGCCAGUAAAACCAGUUCCAGUUACAAUGAAAAAUCGAUAGAGACGCAGAGAGUGUGGCAAAAUGUCGCUAGUAUAAUAACCAAGUCCCAUCAAAGGACACUGCAACGGAAGAAACUCUCGGCGAAUACGUCAAACACGAAAGAGAGGAGCAGCGAAACAAUCGAUCAGUUGGACAAGAUUCCGUGCUUCGGACGUGACAAACUCACCAGUCAGACUUACAGUGAAGUGCACAAGUAUCUAGUGAAAGCUUUCGAGAGCCCGCAUCAUCCGUUAGGCGCCCUUUUGACCGAAGUAGCUGCGGUAUACACAGCUACGUAUGGUGGAGUGAGAGUACAUCCAUUGUUACUUAGCCAUGCAGUAUCAGAGCUUCAUAGUAUUACAACAAGGAUAUACGAGAUCGUGCUUCUUUUAUUCCCGGCUUUGCCACGUUGUGGUAAAGAAUAUGUUCUUGAAAUCGAUGGUAAAGAAGAAGAACAAGUUAUAAGCGCUGCUGCGAUAUUACACCCGAUAUUACUGCCACGUGUACACUCAGCACUCUUUGUAUUGUAUGCCUUACACAAUAAAAAAGAAGAUGAUGCAUACUGGGAAAGAUUAAUGAAGUGGAAUAAGCAGCCUGAUAUAACUCUAAUGGCCUUUCUCGAAAUUGAUCAGAAAUUCUGGAAAGCAACAAAUGUAAUGAACAUCACAGAUAACUCGUUACCGUAUCAACAUGAACCAUACUUCAGUGAUGCUAUAGAAACUUUACAGCAACUUAAAACCACCUUUUCGCCUUUAGAAAAGUUGUUAGUGGUCAGGAGUACAUUUGAACAGAUGACACAAGCAGUACAAAAACAAUUAGGAUCUACGUAUCUAUGGACGAUGGAUGAACUUUUCCCAGUGUUCAGUUUUGUUGUAGUGCGUGCUAGUGUGUUACAAUUGGGGAGCGAGAUACAUUUUAUUGAAGAUUUCAUGGAGCCAUAUUUGCAAAAUGGUGAACUUGGUAUCAUGUUUACUACUCUCAAGGCAUGUUACUAUCAGAUAUUACAAGAAAAAACUAAUAUGGGCGAUUAAAAUUACAAAUAUGCGGUACAAUAAAAUGAUAAACUUACACAGAUGAAGUAUAUAUGCAUAUGCGUGAAGAUAAUAUCAAAUUGGAAAAAACAAUGUAGGAUAAAUAUGGAUGCAUGGAUGAAAGAUAUUCUGGCGGAGAUUUCAGCAUAAAUCCACAUGUCACGAUUUUAGGUCAGAAAAAUUUUACAAGUCCAUUUUUAUUUACGGAUUUACAUUUAUCAACAGAUUUAUUUUCAUCAAAUUCACAAAAGCUUAUUACAUUAUGCAUAAAAUAUAUGAAAGUGAUAAAAUGCAUUUAUGACUUACAACAGAGUCUUUAACAUCUUAACUGCAUAAAUAUGUGGUAAGAUGAAAUAAGAAAUUAAUAUAACAUAUCAGUUUAUUCCUUAAUAACACUUCGUCAUUGUAAGUCAUACAUAAGUUCAUUAUUGAAUAAUAUUUGUGUCAUUAGCCAAUUUAAUGUUCUGGAAAUAAGACAUGUUUAUGUGAGUUAUACAUAGAGGUUGAAUUUCAAUACUUCCAAUUACCUUAAAUUGUCCAAGGGUACGUGCAUUAAAUAACAUUUAAAGUAACUAUGUAAAAAUUGCAUAGCUCAAUUUACAAAAAGAUACUAAAAGUUACCUUCUUCCACACAUACCUGAAUUAGAAGUUAACAUUAUAGAGGAAUCAUAAAUUAUAAUGAUCGUUAUUAGUUGUUAUUAUUGGUGGAAAUAAUCAUUAAUAAUAUUUUUGCUCAUUUUUUUCAUCGUCAUGUCUCACUCAUUAUGUCUACGUUGUUUCGUUUUACGUGAAAAAUGAUAAAAGAUAUAUCAUAAAAAAUCUUCCUUUUCAAAUGAAUACUGACGAUAAAAUACAACUACAGCAGUAGUCUUUUCUGUUAAGAAAAAAUAAUACACAUAUAAAAGACAUUUGUAGAAUAUUUUCUGAAUGUUGAUAUUAAAUAACGAUU